AUGCUUGCUAAAUACUCACUAAAAUUCUUCAGAAUCCAGCCUUACAGGCUAUUUUCAAACAUAGACGAGUCCUCUGACCCAGAUUUUUUGCCUAAGUCCAAAGCUGCAGAAUCCGCUCAUGAGUUCAUUGAUAGGAUUGUUAAGGCAAAUAAAGUAGUUCUGUUUAUGAAAGGGACUCCUGAUAGCCCACAAUGUGGGUUCAGCAAUUAUGUUGUCCAAGCUUUAAAGUAUUACAGGGUGGAAAAUUACCAAGCUGUGAAUGUCCUGGAGGAUCCAGAAGUUAGAGAAGAAAUCAAGAAAUACUCAGAUUGGCCGACUCUGCCUCAAUUAUAUAUAAAUCAAGAAUUUGUGGGAGGAUGUGAUAUUAUUACUGAUAUGCACCAGAAAGGGACCUUGAUGGAGUUCUUUGAAAAAAAUGAUGUAGUUAAGAAGCAAAAGGAAGAAUAA